AUGAUAAGUAAAGCCUUUAGAAGAUUUAGUAGCUUUAGAGUUGUCCUUAUGCCUGGCGAUGGGAUUGGGCCUGAAGUUGCAAAUUCUGUUGUGGAUAUUUUUGAUGCUGCACAAGUCCCUAUUUCCUGGGUUCAUGCAGAUUUGAUCAAUAAAAGUGCGAAGCCAGGAGAAGAUCCGUUUAAUAGAGAUACCUUGUGCCAAAUAAGAGAACACAAAAUCGGACUGAAAGGACCAACUGGGACUCCAAUAGGUGGAGGGCACGUAAGCUUGAAUGUCCAUCUCAGACGUGAGCUUGACUUAUAUGCAAAUGUAAGGCCAUGCAAAACUGUCCCAGGGGUCAGGACAGUCUACGAAAAUGUAGAUCUAGUGACUAUCAGAGAAAACACUGAAGGCGAAUACAGUGGCAAAGAGCAUGAAGUGAUACCAGGUGUCAUCGAAAACCUAAAAAUUGUAUCCGAAAGAGCAUGCUUAAGAAUCGCCAGAUAUGCCUUUGAUUACUGUGAAAAAUACGGCAGAUCCAAAGUCCAUGCAUUCCACAAAGCCAGCGUCAUGAAAAUGGGUGAUGGCUUAUUCCUGAAAAAAGUUCGAGAAAUCGCGAAAUUGCACCCAAAAGUCCCUUAUUUUGAAAAGAACAUGGACACUGGUUGUGGAAUUUUGGUAUCGAACCCGUCGAAUUUUGACGUCAUGGUCAUGCCUAAUUUGUACGGAGAUAUUGUUAGUGAUGUUUGUGCUGGGCUAAUUGGAGGGUUAGGAUUGACACCAAGUGCAAAUAUUGGGGAAGAGCAUGCUAUUUUUGAAGCAGUUCAUGGGUCUGCUCCUGAUAUUGCAGGGAAAAAUUUAGCGAAUCCGACAGCCUUGCUAUUUAGCUCGAUUAUGAUGCUAAAGCAUUUGAAUUUGCUAGAGCAUGCAGAGAAGAUUGAAAAAGCAAUCCAUUCGGUAUUGGUUGAAGGGACUGUGAGGACUGGAGACUUAGGUGGAAGAUCUAAAACGACUGAGUAUACAAAGGCGAUUAUUGAUAAAAUUAAAGGAUAG